AAUAAAUACACACAUGCAUACACACACAUCAUCAUCGUCGUUGUCGUCGUCCUCAUCCUCCUCCUCAUCUUCAGUGCUAUUGCAUCAGUGCUGUGGGAGAGAAUUCUGUCUGCUCGGAGGAUGCGCUUUGGAUACAAGGAACAAGGAAGCGCUUGAAGCACACGGUCUCAGUGAGGACAGAGGAAGGACAUUCAGUUCAGGUCUACAUCAGGGGGUGGAAGAAGCUGUCAUUUUAAAAAAAAGUAUAUGUAUAAAUAUACAUUAUUUUCCUUUUUUGUGCAGUUAAUUUGUGGGGUCUCAGGAUAAGCCGGAAACCUAAAUUACACACAAAGAUAUAAAUAGUAAACAAAGAGUCGCUCCACUGAUUUGAUCUCAUUCCUAAUGGGAUGUGUUCUUAGCUUCAUCUAAAACUGUGACGUCACAUUGAUUAGAUUACAGUAAUUGAAAUUGAAAGCUGGUCUUUCAUCAUAUCAUAUAUGCAUCGUGUAUAUCCUCGCUGUGUUUCCUAUUGUGCUCUGUACGUGUGUGAAGACGCAGACCGGGUACGCUGAUCAUCUCUGUAAAUGUCCGAAGACGCAGACCGGGUUACGCUGAUCAUCUCUGUACAUGUGUGAAGACGCAGAUCGGGUAUGCUGAUCAUCUCUGUACAUGUGUGAAGACGCAGAUCGGGUAUGCUGAUCAUCUCUGUACAUGUGUGAAGACGCAGAUCGGGUAUGCUGAUCAUCUCUGUACAUCAGCUGUUCCUCACCGUGUCCCAUUUCUUUACGCGCAUUUGAACUGAGAUCAAUCCGGUGUCGUCCCUCCCCAACGAAAACACUGCGCUCGUUCGGCUGCAAAUCACACCGUGCACUCAAAACCAGCAGGCAUCACCAACACAGCCUUCUCCAAGCGCUUUCUCUGCUCUGCUCAGUAGAAGUGGACAUGACGGACGGACCGAGACACCGAGGAAGCGCGGCUUCUGGAUGCGGGGAAGAAGCGACACAAGCCGGGAAAGGAGAAGGACAAUCAUCUGUGGCUCUGAAGAAGGAGAUCGGGCUUGGGAGCGCAUGUGGGAUUAUUAUCGGUAACAUCAUAGGCUCGGGGAUCUUCGUCAGUCCUAAGGGUGUGCUGGAGAAUGCUAGCUCUGUGGGCUUAGCACUCAUCGUCUGGAUCGUUACAGGAGUCAUUACUGCCAUCGGUGCUCUCUGCUAUGCAGAACUAGGGGUCACCAUCCCUAAAUCUGGUGGUGACUACUCUUAUGUUAAGGACAUCUUCGGCGGAUUGGCAGGGUUCUUGAGAUUAUGGAUUGCCGUAUUGGUGAUCUACCCCACCAACCAAGCAGUCAUCGCUCUCACCUUCUCCAACUAUGUUCUUCAGCCGCUCUUCCCUACCUGCUUCCCGCCAGAGAAUGGCCUUCGCCUACUCGCAGCCCUGUGUCUCUUGCUGCUGACUUGGGUGAAUUGUUCCAGUGUGCGCUGGGCCACUCGCGUACAGGACGUGUUCACUGCCGGCAAACUCCUGGCCCUCAUCCUUAUCAUCAUCAUGGGCAUUGUUCAGAUCUGCAAGGGCGACUAUUAUUGGCUGGAGCCAGUCAAUGCCUUCGAGCCGUUUCAGGACUAUGAUGUGGGUCUGAUAGCUCUAGCAUUUCUGCAAGGCUCUUUUGCUUAUGGAGGUUGGAACUUCCUUAACUAUGUGACAGAGGAACUGGUUGAUCCCUAUGUAAACCUGCCUCGUGCGAUCUUCAUCUCCAUCCCUCUGGUGACUUUUGUUUACGUGUUUGCUAACAUUGCCUACGUCACUGCCAUGAGCCCUCAGGAGCUGUUGGCCUCCAACGCUGUUGCUGUGACGUUUGGUGAGAAGCUGUUGGGAGUGAUGUCAUGGAUCAUGCCCAUCUCGGUAGCUCUGUCCACCUUUGGGGGGGUCAACGGCUCCCUCUUCACCUCCUCUCGGUUGUUCUUCGCCGGGGCCAGAGAGGGCCAUCUUCCCAGCCUGCUAGCUAUGAUCCAUGUAAAGCGCUGCACACCUAUUCCUGCUCUGCUCUUUACUUGUAUCUCAACCCUUCUGAUGCUGUGCACUAGCGAUAUGUACACGCUUAUCAACUACGUGGGCUUCAUCAACUACCUCUUCUAUGGUGUCACAGUCGCUGGGCAGAUUGUCCUGCGCAUCAAACAGCCUGACAUGCCACGACCAAUCAAGAUCAGCCUCGUGUGGCCCGUGAUCUAUCUGUUGUUCUGGGCCUUCCUCCUGGUCUUCUCUCUGUACUCUGAACCUGUGGUUUGUGGCAUCGGCCUGGCUAUUAUGCUCACCGGAGUGCCUGUCUACUUCCUGGGUGUCUACUGGGACAGCAAGCCUCAGUGCUUCAACACAUUUGUUGAUAAGAUGACAUACCUGGGCCAGAAGUUCUGUGUGGUUGUCUAUCCUGCAGAGGACGAGAAACCCGAAGAUGGCAGCGGAGGAGAAGGGAUCGAGAUGAAGGAGGAGUCUGCUCCUCUGUCUGGAGCGAACAGCGCGGCACCAAACUCGGCCGAUUGCUGAACACCACAAUGCAAACACACACACAUACAUACACACACGCAGUCAAAUGCAGGCUGCCCGACUGACACAGAGAUCCACACUGAUAAAGUGAGCGCGAACUCAUUAAGCACACACUAGUACGCCUUUUUCGAUUGCUGCAUCUGCCUUUGCCUCUGCAGGGUUGUCAUUUUUAGAAGUGAGGUAGAUUGAGGUAGAGGUGACAGGACACAAGUGAGGAUGGAUAAAGGACCUUUACAUUUUAACCUUAACACCUCAACAUGGUCGCCAUACUGUGGCGGCUUCUGUAAAGAAUCCAGCUACAUUUCUUCUAUAUCGAUCAUCUCUACGUCCUGUUUUACAACUUAGGGAAAUUUAAAGAUCAUAAACCAUCAAAACUGAAUGUACAGAAGACACUACUGUUUUGGUGAUGUCUGAUUUGUAAUACAGAAAUAAAUCCAUCGUCUUUGUUGAUGUAGAGAUCCGACUAAACUAAAAUUUCUUUAUCAUACACAGUUUAGCGUUGGACCUCUCAUUCUCAGAUCUCAAGAACUCCUCCCCUUUUUUACUAGAUAUAUAGUCAGUGGAAAUGUAUAUUUUACACACACACACACACACACACACACACACACACACACACACACACACACACUAUAAACGCAUGUUUAUAUAUGCCACAUCCAGAUUCUCAGUGUCCGCUUAGUGCAGUAUUAGUCUUUCAUUACCAUUUUAUUACCUUGAGUGUAGUAUGAACAUACCAAAGUGUUUUAAUUCCAAUCCUUCACGGUAGAUUCAGCUGCACCAAUACACUAAGAACAGCCUGUGUGUGUGUGUGUGUGUGUGUGUGUGUGUGUGUGUGUGUUUUAAUUCGUUUUUUUUUUUUUUUUUUUUUUUUUUUAUAAAAACCCAUACUUAUUGUAAUUGUUAAUUUUUUAUGAUGUUUUGUCAGUCUAAAUAUUGUUAUUAUUACUUUUUGUGUUUUUCAUUCAAUGCUUUUGUUCUUUUCUUUUCUUUUUUCUUUUUUUUUAUCCAAUUGAUAACUCUGGGAUUUUCUUUUUUAAAGCUUGAGAUAAAUGUCUAUAAAAUAUAUAUUUAAGAACCACAUUAUUGUGCUUCAGAGUAGUUUUCUACCAGAGUCUUUAUCUGGUGUACAAGUACAAAUCUAACAUUUUAAUUGCCUUAAUUCUAAUAUAAUAUAAUACUUAGAUAAUAUGUCUGUAUUUAGGCAUUCAUUUAAUCACCAUUAAACAAUCUUUUUUUAUUUUCACAUUUUUUGGUGAAGAUAAAACAGUUUAAAAACAAAAAAGUCUCUGAAAUUCUAUGCUAGCUGCUGACUUGCUUAUUAGAAUGAGCUAAUUUAAUAACAACCUCCAUGAUUUUACUGCUGAUUUUCUGUUAGAUUCACACACCCUGAAGUAUAAGACACAUGCAUGUGUGUGAAUGUGUCCUUUCAUGUCGGUAAAAGAAUUUUUUAUAACUCGUUUGUCUUUUGUUUAUUUUAUUUUUCAAAAAAAAAAAAAAAAAGAAAAAAAGGAAAAUGACAAGAGUAAGAAGGGAGUGCUAUAUUUUUGUUCUUAAAAUGAAUGUAGAAAAGACAUGAAAAUAGUUCAAAUGUUACUUCGGAGUGCUAUUGAUAUUCAUAUUAUGAUACAAAUAAGGUAGAUGUAUUUUAAGUGUUAAUGUGGGUGCAAUAACUUUAACUAACUUUAACUGACCAAACCAGCCCUGUUCUUUCCUGUCUGUGUCUAAUAUAGUGUCACGUUCUAUCUGUGCUGCCGCUGUAAAUAAAUAAAUGAAGGUAUACACAGCUGACUGUGCUUAUAAUGUCCAUAUUUGCUAUUGUGAGAUGCCGUUUGUGUAGCAGGAUUUCAUGUAGGAUUAUAUUCUUCUAAAAUAUAUACAUUUUGUUGCCCAAACCUUUUAAUUCUUAGAUGCAUGUUUGAAAUAAAUGAUAUGACAGAAUUACUUACCAACAAUAGCAAAAUGGACAGAAAGUUCAAACUCUGCAGAGUCUGCUGUUGUGUCUAAAGAUGCUACAUGAUGUUCUUGGUCACAGGGUCUAUUGUUUAUGUGCCUGCGUAGUGAUGUCACACUUUUAUCUAAUUAAUACUUGUGAAAAAUGAUCACCACUAAAAUGAGUGCCAAUUGUUCCCUAUAUAUAUAUAUAUCCCUGAUUAAAUAUAUGUGUAAGUUCUGUAUUUACGAGCAAUAGAAUGUUUAGUGCUGACUAUCAGGACACUUAAGUCGUACGUCUCCCAGUAAAAGAAAGAAACACAGUUAAAUCUUUAUCCAGGCUUAAAAAUCUGUGUUUGCUUUAUACGUCUGUUUAUAAUCUAAACACAUUGUUUUGCAAGAGCUUUCGCAAGAGAGUAAUAUGUACUAGAGCUUUCAUGUUAUACGUGAUGAACGAUGGGAAAUCUUUAAAAGUUGGCACAUUUCCUUCACCAAAAACACUGCAUAUCCAGAUUUUUGAAGAUUUCAAUGUAACCCAUGAGUGAAAACUUUAGAUGUGUCCACAGGAUAUGACUGUACCCACCAUCAGCAACACGUGAUUGAUGUCUGUGAUAUUUUAAACAUCUUUGUCAAGUUGAUGUUUCUAUUUUACUUUAUGGGUUUUGUUAGAUUUGAUUUUUUUUUGUGACAUGAAAAGUUGGGUAAAUUGUGUAAAAAUUCUAUAAUAAAAAGUCAUCCAAGACACAUUACAUCCA